UGACGUCAGGACCCUAGGAGGGGCUCCUCCGUCAAGCUGGUCGCUGUUCGUGGUGCUGAAACAACGCCUGGCUUCGGUUGUGCCUGAGCGAAUCGUUCCGCCUCUCCCUGCUGUUCCUUCUCCCAUCACUUUUAAUCUCCUGUCCUGUGCAGCCGACGUCCCCCUGACGCCGAGGCUGGAAACAUGCAGUUUUAGCGAAGGUGUGCGGAAUGGAUUAGUGCUGAAGGCAGGAGCGGUAUGGAUUCUCCGCGGUGUCCCGUCCUCGUCGCUGCGCUGGUCGUCUGCCUCUGGUCCUCACCUGCCGUCUCUGACAGGAAAUUCGGUUGCCUGUUUGAAGAUGAGCUCUGUGCACCGUAUGAGUUCUGCGUCAAUGAUGGAGUGUUUGGAAGGUGCCAGGAGUUGGCCGGGGCAGACCUGUACACGUACGAUAUCUCAUCCUCCGCUCUCCAGCGCCUCAGGAUCCUCCUACAGAAGCUGGCUCACAGAGGUUUGACGUGGCGGGACGACAUUACUCAGCAGGUUAUCUCCAGAGAGCUCUCCAAACUGAGGAACAUCCCUGUACACCAGCAGAGCCCCUCUCCGAGCCAGCUGACGGCGUACAGCAGCUCCAGAAACAGGAAGCUGAGGCCGACUCAGGCAGAGCUGAGCAGAAACCUUCAGCAGUAUUUGACAGGGUUGGGCUUUAUGCCAGAUCCUGACACAAAGCAACAAGAAAAUCAACCAGUCAUUCAGAAUGAAGAUAUCACACCCGAGGCUCUGAGAAAGCCCAGCCAGCCAAAACCAAAGCAGACCUGGAAGGAGACCACCAUCUACAGCCUCCAGAAAGGAGCUGGCCAACCUCCAGUUACCAAAGUCAUUACCAAGAGUGGCGAUGGCAGACACCCCAAACUCGGUACAACCUACUCGAGCCAUGAACCUGACAGGAGCAAGCUCCUUUCCAACCAUCUGCAGCAGCUUCUUCCUGGGGCAUCAAGCACUCAGCAGGGCAUUACUGGUGGAGAGCCCGUAUGGCCAAAGGGGAAACUCCACUACCUCAGCUACCUGCAGCCUACUCAGAGCAAUCAUGCAGACCCACAGAUUGCUUUUGGCUCCAAUACGGCAAAGCCUAAUCUUGACAGACUGCUCUUCAAAGCUGGCCCAAGUCGGCUUCCUGCAAAAGACCCUCAUAGCCUCAUGGAUGAUCAUCUCAUCCUUAAUGCGGUGAAUCAGCUGGGGAGGCACAGCCUUAACAUGGAGGCUUUGAUGGGCAAAGAUCUGGACCAUCUUGCUGAGGUCAUCACAGGAGCUCUGCAGGAGGCGGAUGAGGAGCGGCUUACUGAUGGGGUCGAGCGAGUACCCGGCGCUGGUGACCCCAGGGGGGAGAUUAGGGUUAACCAGGAGAAGCCGGCAGGAAUUCUUCUGAAUCAAGACCAGAAUCUGAAAUCAGAUGAAGGACUGAAACCAAAACCAAAGGAAACUCUGACAUUAAAACAAGGCCAACGAAUAGACGUUGCAGAAAAAGAGUCCACUGACAAGCAUGGGGCCAUAUUUUCCAAGCUGCUUGACUACCUCAACAAGGAGCCCUUCCGUGGUACGCCGGGGGUCAAGAGCAGGCCGCCAGCUCCUCUCCAGAAAAUGGUUGGACUGGAGAGAGUCCACAGCAUAACGAAGCAGGGUCAAGUUCCUGCCCCCUACCGCUCAGAGGAGAAAAUCGUGACCAUCCCCGCGAAGGAAGGGUCCACCCUGCGGCUGAGUGGUGGAGCAGAGGGGCCUGAUGGGAGGGUGGACUCUCAGAUCCAGAGGUGGAUGCAGGCGGACCAGGCCCCCGAGGGGGCUGCGCAGCCAGAGGAGGCGCAGAAGAAGGACGUGAAGAUUAAAACCCAGCUGGUCCACGUGGGAGUGAAGGAGUUUUCCAGCAGAGGGAAGGACAGACACUUUGGCUACAUCAUCACCAACUCAGACUCCCUCACCAAUGACCGGGCCUCGGACCUGAUGGAUCGGCUGACCCAGAGGCUGAACCUCCACACCGCAGAUCUCACGCAGCUCUCAGUUCUGGGUCCUGCAAUGACAUUCAGGGUCGGCCCAAAUCCUAAAAACGUGACCACUGCAGACCUGGUUCAAGCUGCAGUCCAAGAAAAGCAGCAGCUGGAGAAGGAGACAGGCCUGAAGAUAGUGGAGGCCGGAGUGAGUGAUAGGGGCAGCCUGACCCAGAUCCCCGUGGUGAAAGAGACCAGGGUGGAGUCUGGCCAGUUCCUGCUGCUCUCCGUCCUCUGCAUGCUCUUCAUCCUGGUGGCGCUGGCCGUGUCCACCACCUUCUUCUGCAUCCGCCAGCGCUCACACCUCCACAUGAAGGAGAAGCUGGCAAGCCUCGGGACUGACACCAGCCAUGACGCCACCGCAGCCUAUCAGGAACUGUGCCGCCAGCGCAUGGCGAUCAGGACGUCGGAGCGCGUGGAGCGGCCAGAGACCCUGCGUCACUCUCGCCUCAACAGCGUGUCGUCCCAGUUCAGCGACGGCCCCGUGGCCAGCCCAUCGACGCGCAGCAGCACCUCCUCCUGGUGUGAGGAGCCGGUGCCGUCCAACAUGGAUAUCUCCACAGGUCACAUGAUUUUGUCGUACAUGGAGGACCACUUGAAGAACAAGAACCGUCUGGAGCGCGAGUGGGAGGCGCUGUGCUCCUACCAGGCCGAGCCCAGCGCCUGCAGCAUUGGCCAAGGCGAACAGAACUCCAAGAGGAACCGAGCUGAUGCCGUGGUCGUUUAUGAUCAUUCCCGGAUCACCUUGAAAUCGGAGAAUAACCACAGCAACUCGGAUUACAUCAAUGCCAGUCCCAUAAUGGAUCACGACCCUCGCAAUCCUACAUACAUUGCCGCCCAGGGGCCACUUGCUUCCACUGUGGCAGACUUUUGGCAGAUGGUGUGGGAGAGCGGCUGUGUCGUCAUUGUGAUGCUGACCCCUCUAUCGGAAAAUGGAGUAAAGCAGUGUCACCACUACUGGCCUGAUGAGGGAUCAGACAUCUACCACAUAUAUGAGGUCAAUUUGGUGUCUGAACACAUCUGGUGUGAAGAUUUCCUGGUCCGGAGUUUCUACCUGAAAAACCUGCAGACCAACGAGACACGCACAGUGACCCAGUUCCACUUCCUGUCCUGGAUGGACCGCGGGAUCCCCAGCUCAGCCCGGACACUGUUGGACUUCCGCAGAAAGGUUAACAAGUGCUACCGUGGCCGAUCUUGCCCGAUAAUUGUUCACUGCAGUGACGGAGCCGGCAGGAGUGGGACCUACAUCCUGAUUGACAUGGUCCUCAAUAGGAUGGCUAAAGGUGCUAAAGAGAUUGAUAUUGCCGCUACCCUGGAGCACUUGAGAGACCAGAGAGCUGGCAUGGUCCAGACAAAGGAGCAGUUUGAGUUUGCUCUGACGGCCGUGGCAGAGGAGGUGAACGCCAUCCUGAAAGCGCUCCCUCAGUAAAGACCUUCUCUUCUUCCAUCUCGGAGCGCCGGUCUUCUCUGCCCACUCAGUGCAGACAUCGCUCCCCUCCAGUCUCCUCUUCUGUUGCAACCUCCUCUGCACCUUCAUACAAUGCUGUAUACUGAAUAUCGUGCCGGAUCCGUCCGUAUUCAUGAAUUCCAGAGUUGGAACGUUGAUUUGAUGGAUGUUGUGGUGAUUGAGGAUAAUUGAGGCAGAUCUGUGUUCCUACUGUGCAAUUUCUGAAUAUGAGCCCAUGGUUCUCUAUGCUGUGGUGUUGUUCCUGAACAUACUGUUGCAGUGCCACUGAUGAGAUGUGUAUGUAAAGUCACGUGAAGAUUACUAACUGAGCUGUCACCUGUUAAAAACUGCUCUAUGGCUGCAGCUAUUGUUUGUUUUUUCUCUUUUUGUAUUGGUUACAUUUUUUGUGUGAAAUCCUAAAAGAAAAAUUGUGGUAGAGUCUGUGUUCAUUUAUUUAUUCAUUUUUUUGUGUGUGGCUGACAUUACUAAAUAUUCUAAUGUUCCAAAAUGUACUGCUUCGACAAAAAAAAUGUUCAAAGGCCUUUCAAAAUCCUAGCCCAAAAUUCAAUGCAUUUUAUUGGGAUUUCAUGUGAGAUACCAACACAAAAUGGUGCAAAACUGUAAAAACAGAAAAUGAAAAUUGUUAGAAAUGUGUGGUGUGUAUUUGUAUGCUGCCACUACCUCAGCAUUUUUGCAUGUAUGCCAAAAAGCUCAAUUACAGUCUCAGUCAUUUCAACUUCUUCCUAUAUUAUAAAAGCCAGAUUAUAGUUGUGCUGUCAACAGGCCUUUUCAUCUGAGUCAAUAUGACUGUAGCUCAUCCAGAGUCACUAUGGGAGUCCUGGUGACUGCUCUGAUUAAUGCUCUCUGAUCUGUGCAUUUAGAUUGUCGGCUAUGAUAGGUUUUUGAUUUGGCAAUUUCCAGAUCAUCAAUUAAAGAAUGAGCUGUGAGACUUUUAAAACUUGGGUUAUUGUUUUAUAAUCUGGCUCAUUGUCUGUGUUUCUUGGUCUCCGUCAUGCUGUUUGUUCUCUAAUGUUGCAACAGACCUCAGUCUCCUUCAUAGAACAGCUGGAUUUAUGGAUUUAGUUGGACUCUGUUGGUUGCACUCUAUUUUCAGGGGUAUAAAGGUGUGACAAAACAAAUGCACACCACACCUCUUUGAAUUUUUAUUUGUUCAAAUUCUUGGAAACAAAUUUCCCUUCUCCUCCCACUUUCAAAUUAAUGUGCUACUUUGUGUUGGUCUAUCAAAUAGAUACAUGAAAUAAAUGAAAGUUUUUGGUUUGUGAAAAUAUUAAAUAUUUUGCAAGGCACUAUUUGCAACAUAAAAACUAAGAAUAGUCCUGACAAGCGGGAACCAGAUGUUAUGUUUGUGUUUUUGCUUUAAGACAUGAAGUCACUUAAACGCUGCAGUUCUUAACUGUAACACUUUCAGACCAAGAAAAACAUGAAAUUCUUGGUGUGAAACUCAUCCUUCUGUACAGAUUCUGUCCUCCAGAUGAAGUCUUGUUGCUGGAUUUAUAAACUCCGUACAUUUCGCCCCCUCUGUGAACAGAAGACACUAGUCUAGUAUAUAUAUAUAUUCAUCGGCAUCACAUGGUCAGAUGUUGAUGUGCAUGUGUGUUCUUGUGACUAUGGAUCUCGGACUACGACAAAAAAAAAAGCCUCACAGAUUGUAAUAAAUGCAACGUACCACAUCGAUUUCACAUUUUUUCUUCAGUGCGUGAACAUCUCUGUGAAUAUUAAAUGUGAAAUAUACCAAACUGAGAUAGUUAUAGCCUCUAUUUAGAAACCAUGUCCUCCUGUAUCAAUAGUAAUAAGAUUAUAUAUUUAGGAAAAGAAUAUAUGGGGAUUUUGGUAAAUUUGUCCCUCUAUUGCUUGUAUAUUGUGACAUAUUGUGCAGAAUAUUUGCUCUAUAGACACAGAAUGACUUAAAGAAUCCUCAUAUUGUGCUAUCUGAAACACACCGAGGGCCUCUGUGAGAACUAUAUAUUUUGUGUGAGAAGUAAAAGAUUACUUUAUUCAGAUUGAUAAUAAAUCUACCGUACUUUAAAACAACA